AUGAGGGGCCCUUCCUCCCUGCCCUACCUCCUCCUCCUCCUUCCGAUUGGCGCCUGCUUGCCCCUGCUUGACCUGAGAGAGCCACCGGACUCCGUGGGAGGCACUGGAGCGGGGAGCAGCGGGGCCCACCUGGUCAAGGGGCAUGGCACCCACUCUGCGUGGGGCUCCACCUGGAGGGUGGGGGCUCCGCAGCCCCAGGCCCUGCUCCUUGUGGCCAGGAAUGUGCAGGCCUUGGGCAGCAGGCACACAAGCCUCCGCCUUGGGAGGCAGGAGGGCAGCAAGGCCACCGGCUUCCUGCCAGCAGAUGGCAAUGAGAAGGCUACAGGCCCCCUGGGGAACCUGGCGGAGGAGCUCAACGGCUACAGUAGGAAGAAAGGCGGCUUCAGCUUCCGUUUUGGCCGUGGGUGA